AUGUCUACUUUCUCCCAACAGCACACCCUCAAACGGUUGCCUAUUCCUCCGCUUGAGAAAACCUGUGAAAACUAUCUUAAUGCGUUAAGACCUUUGGAAACUGAAAAAGAGCACGAGAAGACCAAGGAGGCGGUGAAACGGUUCUUGGAAGAUGGUUCAGGUGCUUUCUUGGAUUCUGAGUUGAGGAAGUACUCUCAUACAAGGGCUUCUUACAUUGAACAGUUUUGGUACGACUCGUACUUGAACUAUGACUCCCCGGUGGUGCUCAACUUGAAUCCAUUCUUCUUGUUGGAGGACGAUCCUUUCAACAAUGAAACCACUUGUGUGAACCCACAGGUGAAGAGAGCUGCAUCUUUGACGCUUUCGUCUUUGAAGUUCAUUCGUGCGUUGAAAAAUGAAACUUUGCCCAUAGACACCCUUAAGAACGGCCAGCCGCUUUGCAUGUACCAGUACAAGAAGCUCUUUGGCUCUUCUAGAAUUCCAACCGAGGAUGGAUGUGUGAUGCAAUCAGACAGUAACUCCAACCAUAUUGUUGUCAUGAGCAAAUCUCAGUUUUACUGGUUUGACGUUUUGGACACUGAUAACAACCUUCUCUUGUCGGAGCAAGAUUUGACCAUCAACUUUACAUCCAUCAUCCAGGAUUCUCUCCAAACCCCUUCGAAUGAGGUUGCAAAGUCUUCUUUUGGUGUUCUCACCACUGAAAAUAGAAGAGUUUGGGCCAGAAUCAGACACUCACCUACCAUCUUGGAGAAUGCAAACAACAACGAGAUUUUGUCCAUUGUUGACUCUGCUCUUUUUGUCAUCUGUCUUGACGACUUAGUUUUGCUGGACUUGAGUGACUUAGCAAAGAACAUGUUGUGUGGUUUGUCUAUCGUUGAUAACGGUGUUCAGGUCGGUACAUGUACUAACAGAUGGUACGACAAGCUUCAGAUCAUCAUCACUCAGAACGGUAAAGCCGGUAUCAAUUUUGAACACACUGGUGUGGACGGCCAUACUGUCUUGAGAUAUGUUUCUGAUAUCUAUACUGAUUCUAUUUUGUCUUUUGCCCAGUCAAUCAACUCGAACGCUCCUUCUUUAUGGAAUUCGGCAGAUAUGUCUAACAGGGUCACUUCCAAUGAAGGUCGUACAGACUUAGUGACAAUUCCUAGAAAGCUUGAAUGGGACUUGACUCCGGACUUGUCUCUUGCUUUGCGUUUUGGUGAAACGAGAUUGUCCGACUUGAUUAAUCAGAACGAAUUUAAACACUUGGAGUUCAAGAGCUACGGAUCUUCAACUAUCAAGAAAAUGAAGUUCUCUCCAGACGCUUUCGUUCAGAUGGCUUUCCAGGCAACAUACUACGCCUUGUAUGGAAGAGUGGAAUGUACUUACGAGCCAGCAAUGACGAAGCACUUCUACCACGGCAGAACAGAAGCCGUACGUACCGUGAGCCAGGAGUCCAACCUUUUCGUCCGUAAGUUCUUUGAUCCUCAGAUGGCUAAUUCUGAAAAGUUAAAAUUCCUCUCAGAUGCUUGCAAGAAACACUCUGAGCAAACCAAAAGGUGUACUGUUGGUGAGGGUAUUGACAGACAUUUAUUUGCCCUCUUCUGUGUUUGGAAGCGCUAUGUCAGUGGUGAACUUCCUAGCGAGUAUGGUGCCACAGACAUGAGAGAAGACGAUACCAUUGUGGGCGACCAACACAGUGACUCUUCAGACCAUACAGUUGGCGGAAACAACGAGCCAAGUGUGAAGUCAGAGUUGACAGACUUGCCUGCUAUUUUCGCUGAUAGUGGUUGGGAUAAGUUGAACAAUACAGUCCUCUCAACAUCCAACUGCGGUAACCCUUCAUUGAGACUUUUCGGAUUCGGCCCUGUCAGUGCCAACGGGUUUGGUAUUGGGUAUAUCAUCAAGGACGAUUCAAUUUCAAUUUGUGCUUCUUCUAAACACAGACAGACCAGCCGUUUUCUUGUGACAUUAGAGUCCUACUUCGAUGAACUCUACCGUAUCUACAAGGACGUUCACGAAUCAUCAGAAGUCCAUGCUCCUAUUGACACCAAGAUUGAGGAGGGUGAUUCAUACUUCAAGCCUCAGAUCAUCACUAAGCAACCAGUACCUGUGAAGGAUUCUUUAAGUACCUUAUUGGGUGGUUAUGGCUACUUUGAUAUGGGAGAAGACGACAUCAAAUCAAGAGGUCAAUCUCCAGAGCCUCCGUUCAUGCACCGUAUGGACAGUGGUUUCUCCAUUCGUGACAUCGAAAGAAAAUUGCGUUUAUCAGAAUACUGA